AUGAACUCAGCCCAUCUCGGAUCAGGAUUCAGGAAUCAGGAACCCCCCAAUCCACUCGCUGGAUCGGCAUCGACGAUAGCCAUGAGGUCCAUGACGCAUUUACGUAAAGACACCCUCCCCUUCCCGCAUGGUUAUGCCACGGCUGCGGAUGAUUCGAUGUGGCUUGGAUUCAGCACCGUCGGUAUGAAGCUUGUUCAGAAUCUGGCGGGCUUUCCUCGCCUGCUGCUGGCCGGCAACCCUUCAAAAAUCGACCUUGGCAUGCUCCUGGUGGCCAUCCUGAGUGCGAUAGCGUCCGGCGUACCCUUUCCAUUGAUCGGUAUCCUGUUCGGUCAGCUCCUCGACGAUUUCAACGCGGCGACAUGUAAAUCAGGCGACUCCUCUGGCGACGGCGAGCAAGGGAGCAUCAACGACAAGAUCCUGAUUAUCGUAUAUUUGGCAAUCGCUCAGUUCGUCCUUAUCUACAUCCAUCUUUCGUUUUGGACUCUAAAUGGCGCUCGGCUGGCGCAGCGACUGCGAGAAUCCUACCUGCAAAACCUCCUUCGACAGGAACCCUCGUUUUUUGACAACCUUCCUCCGGGAGAGGUAGCCUCUCGACUCAAUGGCGACAUCCAGACGAUUCGUUCCGGCACGUCCGAGAAAGUGGGAAUUUGUCUCGCGAGUUUCUCGUUCUUCGUUACGGCCUAUAUCGUUGCAUUUAUUAAGGACACCAAACUUGCAGGAAUGCUUGUUUCGUUGAUUCCGGCCUAUUUCCUGAUGUCGUUUGUCGGAAGCCACUAUAUCGAGAAAUACUCAGGUCUGAUGUCGGAAUAUGCCGCUACCGCCGCUUCGAUAGCUUCAGAAGCGCUUUCAAACUUCACCGUUGUCCAGGCCUUUGGCGCAAACGACCGCUUGGAGGAGAAAUUCUCCAAGGCGCUCAAGUCCUCGGAAAAGGAAGGGCUGAAAAAGGCUACGGCAGUUGGCAUACAGUCUGGAGUUCUGUAUUUCGUCGCUUAUUCUGCGAACGGUUUGGCGUUCUGGGAAGGCAGCAGACAGGUUGCCCGCACAGUGAACGGCGAGCCUGGCGGUGUUACUGUCGGCGCUACGUUCACGGUCAUCUUCAUUCUAGUUGAAGCGACCCUGCUUCUGAGUCAAGUCGCACCAUUCCUUCACCUGUUCACUGCAGGAGUUGCCUCGUACGAGAAAUUGCAUGCAGACAUCAAUCGCCAGCCGCUGAUUGAUGGAACUACUCCUUCAGGAAGCCGCCUCACCCAGGCUGGUGGGUUCGAGCUAAACGAAGUCUCAUUUAGCUAUCCCUCACGGCCUGAGGUCACCGUCCUCGACAAGGUUUCCCUCAGCAUACCUCCCAACAAACAUACUGCAAUUGUAGGCCUUUCGGGAAGUGGAAAGUCGACAAUCGCCGGCCUGGUUACAAGGCUGUAUGAUCCCACGGAAGGGCAAAUCUUGUUCGAUGGCCAUGAUCUUCGCGACGUCAAUACUCGUGACUUGAGAAGUUUUGUCAGUUUGGUGCAGCAAGAGCCGAACCUUUUGGACCGUUCCAUCCUGGAGAACAUCGCACAUGGUUUGGUCAAUUCGAGCAAUCCCAGCCAUACGCCUCUGAGAGCAGCCCUUCUCAGCUCCGACAUUGCGGACAUCGCUAGCGAAGUUAGGGAGGGAAAAGAUUUAAUGGAAGCGGCUGAGAAAAGGGGCCCAGAGUUCGUUGAGAUUGCCAAACUGGUCCAGAAAGCCGCGCAGCUCGCGGAUGCAGAAGCUUUCAUUCUUGCACUGCAACAUGGAUAUGGCACACUUGUUGGAUCCAGUGGGAGGUUGAUCAGUGGUGGUCAGAAACAACGAAUCUCCCUUGCGAGAGCCCUUGUCAAGGAUCCAGCCGUACUUAUUCUGGACGAAGCAACGGCCUCUCUGGAUUCGCGAAGUGAACAACGUAUUCAAAGGGCUAUUUCUAACAUAGCUAGCGGACGAACCAUGAUUACUAUUGCUCAUCGUCUAUCCACAAUUACCAAUGCGGAUAAUAUCGUCGUUAUGCACAAGGGCCAUAUCGUGGAACAGGGGAACCAUGCAACAUUGAUGGCAAAAGAUGGGGCUUAUGCUGAUCUAGUCAAACUGCAAACGCUAUCCACUACUGACAAGAAUGAAUCUACAACCAGUGUUGAUACUAUCAGCAAAACUGAUCAGAUCUCGUCGGACGGCGACCUCGAGUCGAGCAGUCUUACUGACGGUCCCAGAUUUAUCGAGGAUGAGAAGAAGCCUGAAACAACUGAAACUCCGGUUACCGACUCAACAGAAGAGCCUGAAGAACCUGAUACGCCAAACAAAUCCUUAUGGGCUCUCGUUAAGGGUUAUGCGCCGACUCUGAGGCCGCAUUUGCUUUUUCUCCUCCUUGCGCUGCUGGGCUCCAGUAUUGUUGGCGGUGCAUUUUCUGGUGAAGCCGUGAUUUUUGGAAAUACUGUUGGAAGUUUGAAUCCAUGCAACAGUGCGGAUUACAUCCGAUCCAAGGGAAACUUUUUCGGACUCAUGUUCUUCGUGUUGGCGAUCAUCGAGUUCUUUGCGAACGUUGUUAGUUGGACCGGAUUUGGAUGGGUGUCGGAGAAAGUAGUCUACACUGUCCGAGUUCUAUCCUUCCGGUCACUGAUGGAGCAAGAUCUCCAGUGGCACCAAUCGAAAGGUCGCUCACCACCCUUGCUCCUCUCAUACAUCACCAGAGAUGGCAACGCUUUGGCUGGACUAAGCGGCUCUGUCGUCGGCACACUGUUUUCAAUUACUGUUAAUCUCAUCGCAGCGAUUAUCUUGACGCACAUCAUUGCAUGGAGGAUUGCUCUGGUUUGCCUCGCUCUAGUUCCACUGCUGCUUGGUGCCGGUCUUAUGGAACUCCAUAUACUCGGGAAGUUCGAGGAGCGUCACGAGAACGCUUAUACCAAGUCGGUCGACAUUGGUGUUGAAGCCAUCACCUCCAUCAAAACGAUUGCAUCUCUUUCCCUUGAAGAUGAGACACUGAAGACCUACCAACGGUCCCUGAAGGGUCCUCGUAAGGAAACGCUUACAGUUACUCUACAGGCAAGCUUUUGGCAGGCGAUGACCUACUUCCUGGGUAACCUCGUGAAUGCGUUAGCCUACUGGUGGGGUUCCAAACAAAUCUUGGCGGGCAAUUAUACCCAGACUCAGUUCUUAAUUGUGGUGUUUUCCCUGCUUGUUAGUGCUUUGCUUUGGAGUCAAAUGUUUGCUCUUGCGCCAGAGCUUUCGGCAGCACGAGCUGCAAUGGCCAGGUUACUGGGUCUUAUUGAGAUAGGGUCAGAUAAGAUGCAAGGACACGUACCCCCUCGCUCCCUUACGGCAUCGUCUUCAGGGGAGGAAGAGGCAGCUGUCGAAACUAAGCAACAUGCAUCAGACAGCAAAGCCUCCAGCGUCCAGCUUCGCGACGUUCACUUUGCGUACCCAGCCCGACCAGACAUUAAGGUUAUGAACGGGUUGACUAUUGACAUCAAGCCCGGAAAGUUCGCCGCCCUCGUCGGUCCCAGUGGUGCAGGCAAGUCCACAAUCAUUUCACUAGUUGAACGCCUUUACACGCCGCAAUCUGGCUCGAUCCUCGUCGACGGCGUGGACAUUACCAAGCAUCGGGAUGUCGGCUUCCGAGACUCAAUCGCUCUGGUGCCCCAGGAAAGCGUCCUCUUCGAAGGGACCAUCAAAUUCAACAUUAGCCUCGGCGCCAAACCAGGCCACGAGGUUUCGCAGGGGGACAUUGAAAAAGCUUGCAAACUAGCAAACAUCCACGAUACCAUUGCCGCCCUUCCCGACGGCUACGACACCCUCUGCGGUCCCAACGGGAGCCAGUUUUCCGGAGGCCAGAAACAGCGCCUCUCUAUCGCCAGAGCUCUUGUUCGGAAACCGAAGCUGCUUAUCCUUGACGAGUCAACUAGCGCUCUUGACGCGGAGUCUGAGAAACUGCUGCAGGAUGGGCUCGAAAAGGCUGCUAAGGGAAUCACAGUCAUUGCCAUUGCGCAUCGUUUGCAUACAAUCAAGAAGGCGGAUGUCAUCUUUUUGAUUGAGGGAGGUCGGUGUGUUGAACAUGGCACACAUGAGGAGUUACUGGCCAGGUCAGAGAGCUACAGGGCUAAUGUUAUGCACCAGACUGUGGCUACAUGA